AUGAAAGAUCCCGACCACCGAGACUGGGACGUUAAACUCAAACAAGCAGAGUGCAGCCUGAACAAUGCUGUGAACAAGACAACAGGGAAGACACCAUUCGAACUCCUUCAGGGAUACAAGCCAAGCUUCUACGGAAUUGCGCUACCGGAGCUAUACUCGACACAACCCAAGUACCGAGGACCCCUGGUUGUCACCGAGGUGCUGCCCGCAGAUACCUAUCGAGUGGCAGAGCUCGAUUAA